GACGUGAUUGCAGUGAUGACCGAGUCUCUGAAUGGUGAGCGUUCAUCGGAGCAACAGCCUGGGGGAAUAAGCUGUGUCUGUUGGUUUUGGCGUACAGCGCGCUGUAACGCCGUACAGUGGGGAGGGAGUUAAAACAGGAGCAAAAGCUCUCCGCGUGUGUGCGUGCGUGUCCAAGUCCCAGCGACACACUGUGAACUUGAAGCGAGACUUUGCAAAAGAUGGCAGCGCCUUGCAGCAGCACAUGUGUACCCGCUACGGAGGGGUCCAUCCUGGAGCGGGUACCGCCGCUGCUGAGUGAUUUGUACCACUUCACCAUGGCGUACGCCUACUGGCGCGCCGGGCGGCACCACGAGCACGCCGUGUUCGAGCUCUACUUCAGGGAGAACCCCUUUCGGGGCUGCUUCGCGAUCUUCGCCGGCCUCGGCGACUGCCUGCUCUUCUUGCGCAACUUUCGCUUCACAGACCAAGAUGUGGACUUCCUGCGCUCCGCUUUACCGGCGGCUACGGAGCCCGCCUUCUUCAAGUUUCUGCGAAGCGUGGACUGCUCGGGUGUGACGCUGCGCUGUGCCCCGGAGGGCUCGGUGGUCUUUGCCCGGGAGCCUCUGAUGGAGGUUGCCGGCCCUCUGGCUGUGGUCCAGCUGCUGGAGACCAGCUUGCUUUGUCUCGUCAACUAUGCCAGUCUGGUUUGCAGUAACGCGGCCCGCUUCCGCCUGGCGUCUGGCCCCCGCAGGAAGCUGCUGGAGAUGGGGCUCCGAAGGGCGCAGGGCCCCGACGGAGGCCUGAGCGCUUCCAGAUACUCGUAUAUUGGAGGCUUCGAUGUGAGCAGCAACGUUCAGGCCGGCUUGCUGUUUGGCAUCCCGGUUACAGGCACCAUGGCUCACUCCUUUGUCACCUCCUUUAGCUCUCUGGAUCAAGUCUCACUGCAAACCCUUGUCGACGUGAAGAGGGCCCCCGACCAGGUGGACUUUGUUUCGCUGACCAAGGGUUGGCUGGGGCGGGUGUGCGAGCUUUUGGGGGCAGAGCCCAGGAAGAUCCACGAGGGAGAGUUGGCCGCCUUCCUCUCGUACGCCAUCACUUACCCCCACCACUUUCUGCCGGUGAUCGACAGCUACAGUGUGGCCCGCAGUGGUCUGGUGAACUUCUGCGCCGUAGCGCUGGCACUGUGCGAGCUGGGCUAUCGGCCCCUGGGGGUCCGUCUGGACAGCGGCGACCUCUGCAAGCAAUCGCUGGAUGUGCGACGCGCCCUCCGGCUCUGUCACGAGCGCUUCUCGAUCCCCGCCUUUGAAUCACUGACCAUCGUUGCCACCAAUAACAUCUCAGAGCAAGCGAUAGUGGAACUCAACAACAAGGAGAACGAGGUUGAUGUGCUCGGGGUCGGAACGCAUCUCGUCACCUGCAGUAAACAACCGUCGCUGGGUUGUGUCUAUAAGCUUGUGGAGGUCGGGGGUAGGCCCAGGAUGAAGUUCAGUGAAGAUCCAGAGAAGAGAACCAUACCGGGAAGGAAAGCUGUCUACAGGCUGAUGGAUGCCGACGGACAUCCCUUUUUGGACCUGCUGUGUGUGGCCGUGGAGCCCCCCCCAGAGGCCGGACGUCCUCUGAGGUGUCACCCUCUGGCCGCCGCCGCCCCUCUCUCCGUCACUCCGCUCAAGGUCAUUUGUCUGCACCGAGAAAUGUUCGCCCGAGGCCAGGUGAUGCAGCCGUCGUGCAGUGCUGCAGAAACUAAAGCUACCGUCCAGAGCUCCAUCCAGAGCCUUCACCCUCGACAUAAGCAACUGCAAGGGCCCGACGCCUACAUGGUGGCGCUAUCAGAGAAACUACACACCUUGGUCACAGAUCUGAGGAGAGACAAUACAAAGAACAACUUGAUUUUGGGCAAUUAAAGGAUAUAUUUUGUGUUUUCAAAA